AUGUCUGCAUUACCUUCGCCAACCCUGAGUACGAUCGACACACAUGCUACAGCAAUUCUCAUAGGGAUUGUCAUCGGAGAGAUGCUGUCCUUCAUAACGCUAGAUGUACGACUUGUGAAAAACAUGUUUCUCAAACGUCAAGUUCGUGCGAUGCCACUUGCCUACCUCACUACGCGCUACGUCAUGACGAUCGGCAUUUUUGGCCUAGCUUGGAUCACGAUACCGAUCGUAUCUAGCAACCAUGCUCACGGCGAGUCAGCUUUGCAUUGGCUACGAUCGAUUGCUCUUCCUCUAGUCUUCACGUCGACUUCGGCGAUUCUCGGCUUCCGCGCCAUGAUCUUGCACUUUGAACGACCUCGACUGAUCUCGUACACCAUCUGGACGCUGCUCGUAUCGGAGUUUGUCGGAAGCGUCACGGUAUUCUACCUUGCGGCAGAUGCGAGAUUCUCAGCCCAGCAAGAGGCAUCGUCGAUUUCGAUUCCAAUUUCGAUUUCGCCAGUGUGGAUCUGCGUUCCUCUGGUGAUAGCUUUGAUUAUCGAUCUGAUCUUCACCUUGAUUGUCGUGGUACCGAUCCUUCAUGCCGACAAUCCACGCGGGGAUGUGCUGCGCAUGCUCCUCUCCGAUGCUACGUUUUUCGGCGUGUUCAGCAUCAUGGUCAAGGUGAUCGCUGUAGCACUCACCGUUCAGUUUGCAAACAAAGGCGGAAACCCGUAUCUACCGAUCCGGAUGCAGACGGCUGCUAGCGCGAUCUUUGCCUGCAGGAUCUUCCGAAGCCAAGAAAGCUUUUUGAGCAGUUGGAGUGAGAGGAAAGCACAGCCCAGUCUGGCGCUGGUCGAACUGGAGCAGACCGACGCGGUAGCCGAAGCGAGGGGGAAGAAGACAGAUGAUCCGGAAAGGAGAGGUGAAAGUGUAGAUGGGCAAGAGGAGGGAAACCACCUGGCGGAGGGAGCGCAAGAAAAGCAAGAGAAGGUGGACAAAGAGAAAAAAGGUGGGCCAACGGUGACGACGCAAGAAUGCAUUUCCGAAGCAACGUUGAAUCAUAGGUGCGACGAUAAUCAGGCAGACCAUCGCAUCUGA